AUGGGCCUGGCGACCAGUACUCCAGGAUUCACUAAGAGAUUAUGGCCGAGGUCAGGAGUGGACACGGGGGAAGUUACAGUACGACCGGCCAGCGAGUGGCUGAGGUCUGCGCAGGCCCUUCUCCGCACCCCCGGCAAGCAGGCGGGCAAGGCCCCCCGAGCCCCCACCGAGUCCACAAAGAAGACAAAGCUACUGAGGGGCGGGCUAGCUGAGAGGUUAUAUCGACUGCAGAACAGAGAAAGAUCUGCCAUUAGCUUUUGGAGGCAUCAGUGUAUUUCAGAUGCUAAAACUGCAUCAGAUAAAUCUGGUGUCUUAAUUGUGAAGAUCUUAGAAGUGUUUGAGGAGUGUACAAUACAAGUUGCCAUCUGCCAGCAGCUGGAACAGUCUCCUGCUAUGCUUUCAUCUGAGGAUGUUGUCAUCAAUGCAGGAGAACCAAUACUCAAAGUCCUCUUUGCGAGAGAGACAGCAGCUCACCUGAAGAGCAGGCCACAGGAUGUCAUCCACAUCUACCCUCCAUGGUUAUGCCUCCUUGUCCAGGAUGCCUAUGGUAUGUUCAGUGAAGUGCAGUUGCAGUCCCUGACUUUUGCAGAUGACAUUGAGCAGUAUUGCAGGAGAUGGGAAGGAAAAUUCUGCUGCUUAGCUGGAAUGAAAAUUUUGCAAAGAACUACAAGAGGAAGGGCGUUAGGACUUUUUAGUUUGAUAGACAGCCUGUGGCCUCCAGUAGUGCCUGUAAAAGUUGCUGGACAAAGUCAAGCCUCUGAAACGAUGACAACUAAUCUUCCUCCUCCCAGCUUCUGUUAUAUUCUUACUGCUCAGUCUGGUGAGAUACAUGUGGAAGUGGAUGAGGAAGAACAGAUUUCUAAUUUGUACCAGCCACCAGCUGUUCAUGGUCUAAAGGAAAUUCUUCAGAUCAAUGGUUGUAAUGAACGUUGUAGCUUUUGGGCGCAAGUGCUGUAUCUAAGGCUGCAGACAAAACACAGUGUUCCUAUAAAUCAAAGAGAGAUUUCGUUGUUUGUGACUGACUCUACAUUGCAAAAUGUGGUUCAUAUGAUUCCAAAAGUUGUUGCUGUGUCAGUUGCUGCAUCUUGUGUUCUCAGUACGGAAAUCACAGAAGCUCUCAGUGUUGCCUCGCGACUCGUCUUCUUCAAGGAUGUGCUGUGGGGAAAUGGUAGGAUUAUUUGUGUCGAACGUACUGUUCUCUUAUUACAAAAGCCUCUUUUGUACUCGACUGCCGGUGCUGACCUCAGUGAGCUGACUGGCCCUGUCAGACUCGAUGAGCUGGAUUCUACAACACAGGCCAACUCCAUUUGUGCUGUAAAAGGUAUUGUUGUUGGAGUUAAUGAGAGCACUGCUUUCUCCUGGCCUACAUGCGACAGAUGUGGCAAUGGAAAGUUGGAACUGUGUCCCCAGGACAGAGGAUUGCUAUAUUGCAACCAGUGCUCUGAAGUUGUCAUUUCACCGGUUUUGAAAAUGCAGCUGGAAGUCUUCUUGAGUUGUCCAUCUCGAUCUCAAAGUACAGUAAAAGUAAAGCUGUUACAAAGGACAAUCUCUUCUCUCCUGAAGUUCUCUGCCAAUGAGGAUGGGAGUUAUGAGGUGCAGAGCGUGCUGGGAAAGGAGGUGGGGUUAUUGAACUGCUACGUCCACUCCGUAACCAGCCACCCCAACUGUGUUGCACUGGAGGAAAUUGUUCUUCUGGAAGCAGCAGCAAGACACUGA